UACACCGCCCCCUCUCUCUCUCUCUCUCUCUCUCUCUCUCUCUCUAUAAAACUUGUUCACACCGAGAGGAAAGAAGAACCAGGCGAGGGUUUCUCUCUGCUGAAUCAAGGGCUUGUUCCUCUAAAUUUAGAGGUUGUUAUUGCAUUGUCCGAACACGCCAUGGCAGAGAAUCUCCAGCCGGAGCCGCCGCCAGAUCUCGCCGCUCCGGACGGUCGCCGGAGUGAGUUGACUCGGACCAACUUGGAGUCUUCCUCUGUAACCGUCGAUCAUUCCAAGGAUUUCAUUCACCGGAAUACAAAUGUGGCACCGCGCACGGCAUGGACGGAUGAGAAGCACAAUUCAUAUCUUGAUGCUUUGGAAGCAUCAUUCAUUAAGCAGUUACACCAAUCCCUGGGUUUGCCAUUCUGGCGUUCAGAACAGAACACAAUUGAUUCUAAUCCAUCCCAACAACUGCCUGUCAAUGCUGGUUAUUCUUCUGACCAGUUCACAUUUCUACGUGAUGGCCCUUGGAAGAAGAUCAAAUUUGAGAGGAACCAGCCUUUACUACAUGGUGCAGCUGGUUCUCAUGUGGUCAUGGAAAGUCCAAGGAUGCGUCAUUUUAGAUGUUCAGGUAAACCCAGCACCAUACCAUCAGCUGAUUUGAAAGAAUGCAACAUGUUUCACAGUGAAGGAAUGCCCUUGAGAGGGAAGAGGAUUUUCUCCCACGGAUUAACCAGUUCAGAACGGCAGUGUUUGUGCCACCAAUGUCAUCAGGAUGCAGUUGGCACUAUGACAGAGGUUUCGGAUCAGAACUUUGUGGAUGAAGACAAAGAAGUGCAGUCGACCAGUUUGUCCAGGGUUAAAAGGUUGAAGAUGGCUAUAUCUGAUGCUUCAACCGAAGAUCAAAUAGUGCCGUCUAGGAUUCAUUUUAUGGCGGAAAUUUCAACUGCCAGCAACCCUUCAUCAAAAGGAGAAACCAUUGAGAGCUUCAUUUUCAUAGAAACCAAUGUGAAGUCCUAUUUAAGAGAGAGCUGAGAUGUUUGACUUGAAGCUUGAAAGGUUAUUAUAAACACUGACAUCAAUUCAAAGGUAAAGAUUUUGGGUUUUGUACGAGUUCUAGUUGAAAAGAAACAGUCGAAAGAGAAAUCUGGUGAGGGGGCAGUUUAUGGAGCCUUCUUCUGAAGUAGGGUUCUGGCUAGACAUAGUGUAGCAAAAAUGCAUAAUUUUUUUAUUUUUAUUUUUAAAUACUUGUAGUAAGAAAAUUCUCUUGUAUGUCUAUGUAUAUUGAUUAGAAUUCAUGGAUAAGGAGAUGAACUUGAUUUAGAUAGCUGGUUAGCUAUAUGGAAGAAUCUCUCGCUCUCUUUUUCUCUCUCUCUCUCUCUCUCCAUGUUUCUGUUUUCUGCAGUGUCUUGUUACUUGCUCAGUUUGAGGAACAUUCACAAACUGUUAGAAUUCAUUUCAGUGAAGCGGAUCGUAACUUCCUAGGCAGAGUUGUAAUAUCCUAUAUAGGCAUCUUAAAGACAUUGUACAAAGUUGUUUCCUUGUCUGA